AUGGGGAGCUACAGACCGAUGAACCUCACCUCUGUGCCUGGGAAGAUCAUGGAGCAGAAGCUCAUGGAAGCAAUGCUAAGGCACACGCAAGACAAGGCGACAAUCCAAGGCAGCCAGCAUGGCUUUACUAAGGACAGAUUGUGCCUGACCGGUCUGAUGGCCUUGUAUGAUGGAGUGACUACAAUGGCUGACAAGGGCUCUGCCUGGGGACAAAUGCUCUUCAAUAUCUUUACCAAUGACAUUGACAGUGAGGUAGAGUGCACCCUCAGAAGGUUUGCAGAUGACUUGAAGUUGAGUGGUGCAAUUGACACAACAGAAGGAAGGGGUAUUAUCAAGGGGGAUGUGGACAAGCUUGAGAAGUGGGCCCAUGAGAGCCCCAUGAGAUUCCACAAGUCCAAGUGCAAGGUGCUGCGCCUGGGUCAGAGCAAUCCCAGACAUGAGUACACACUGAGAGAAGAACUCAUUGAGAGCAACCCUGUGGACAGGAACUUAGUGGCCAAAGUAAUGAAGGUUCCUGUGUAUGAGACACCAGCAGGAUGGAGAUACUUUUCCAAUCUCAUGGACUCUGGACGUUGUUCACUUUGUGGAGAGGAGAGUUUUGGCACUGGGUCUGAUCACCUUCGAGAGAAAGAUGGACUGUGGGCUGUGCUAGUUUGGCUUUCAAUCCUAGCAGCCCGAAAGCAGAGUGUGGAGGAGAUUGUGAGGGAUCACUGGGCAAAAUUUGGCCGGCACUACUACUGCAGGUUUGAUUAUGAAGCACUGGAACCCAGAACAGCAUAUUUCAUAAUGAGAGACCUGGAAGCUUUGAUCACUGACAAAUCAUUCAGACAUCAGCAGUUUGCUGUGGGUAACAAUAUCUACAGUGUGGAAAGAACAGACAGCUUUGAGUUCGUAGAUCCUGUGGAUGGCACUGUGACCAAAAGACAGGGGCUGCGGAUUAUUUUUUCAGAUGCUUCCAGGCUCAUCUUCAGAAUGAGUGCUUCAAGUCAUGUGAGAGCUACUCUCCGGAUCUACGCAGAGAGUUAUGAAAAGGAUCCUAGCCAACACAAUAAGGAACCACAGGCUGUGCUGAGUCCUCUUAUAGCAAUCGCACUGAAAAUAUCUCAGAUUCAUGAGAGGACAGGACGAAAGGGACCCACUGUCAUUACCUGAAGCCACAGAAGAUUGUUAAACCAGGGCCAAAAGAGAAGCAGCAAGGGACUAAACCUUGUUAAGACUUGUUAGCCAUUUGUGCCUUGUAUGAUUGUAAAAGUUUUCUUGGGGAGAGAGGCAGGGUGGGAACUAAAAUUCAAUAUAACAUUGAGUAUAAUCACUUGCAUUGGUCUCCAAAUGCAAUAGUAUAUUGACUUCUUUGUUUUACCUGCAAUAUCUUAAUUUCAGAUAACAAUAUAACCAAAGAGGCCUUAAUUUUCAAAUGUUGUCAGCAGGGUGACAGAAAAUGACAACUGCUUGGUUUUGAAUGCUGUGAUAAAAGUUGGAGAAAUUUCAGUUACAGAGAGAGAGGGGGGAGUUGCAAAGCAAAGAGAUAUUUGGUGAAUAUUGUUUGGGAAUAUUGUCACCUUCUUCUCAGUUUAUAAAAAAGCAUACAGAGCAUGUAUGAGCAUGUCAUAAGGGCUGUAUACUAAAGUAUGUGUUUUGUCACUGGACAACCAUGCCUCCUCUCCUGCCUCUCCUGUUGCUCACAGAUGCACACUGACAGCAGUGUUGUAUACACAUUUACACAUGCUCCCAAAGAAGGGGUUAUUCCAUAUUUUUUUUACCCCUGCUUUUAAAACAUAUCAAUGUGACUUGUGCCUUUAGAUUUUCCAGAUUUUUUGACGUUUUGGUUGUUUUCCUCCAAAGGGAGGCAUUUGUGCUAUAGAGCUGAUUUUAUCCUUCCAGCACUAUGUUGGCUAUGGAAUCUGACUGUCUUUUGCAGUAUUCCUCAUGUCAGGAGAUGAUACUGGAUCUUACUGUGUUUGAAAGGUAAUAAUGGCAAGUUCAGCAAUUCUUUAUGAAGGAGUUACGGAAGUCUUUUAAGUCUUUGGAAUACUCAUGCUCCACUACUACAAAGUGAAGUAAGUGAACAGGGGAUUAAAAAACCAAUAAAUUAAAUAGAAAUACUUGACUGAUUCACCAGCUGAACACGGUUUCUGUUAGAUUCUUAGUAACAGUGGAUCAUGGAAUAAAAAUUUGAGGAGUGCAAAAGGCGUCUCAGCAUAGGUCUGAGAGGGCUGUUGGGGAUAUGGACAUAGCAUUUUUCUGCUUGUGAAAUGAUACUGUGGUUCUAGCUACAAUACUGUGCCCUGAAGAAGAACACAAACACUUUGCAUGUGAUUUGUUUCAAAGCUUUGCUUUGUUGGUCGCUUGUAUCAUUCAUCAGGGUGGCUUUGUGCAACUUGCCUCUUUGCAGUGUAUUUUAUUUCAUUGUGGUUGUCAAAUUUUAGUGCAAUUUAUAUAAUAUUGCAGCAAAGAAAAUUGUUUUUAUUUCUUUCAACACUUCUGUCAAAAAAAGGCUAUGGCACUUAGUACACAAUAAAGAGUAAUGCUGUAUAUCUGUCUUAAUAUGUAAUUGUGGACAAGACACACUGCACUUUUAAGCAUCCUAAUAAAACUGCCUUUAAUACA